AUGCCCCUUUCCCGUCGGGAGCCGCCCCUGCCUGGCAGGCUGGCACCUGCCUUCCCCCUCCUGCUGCUGGCGCUGGGCGCUGCCCGGGCGCUGCCCCCCCAGCCCGGGGACUCCCAGGAGGUGGUGCCGGUGAGGAUCCCAGGCCCGCGGGGCGGAGAGCAGGUCUCCUUCUGCCUCUCCGCCUUCAGCCGGGACUUCGUGCUGCAGCUGGCGCCCGAUGCCAGCUUCCUCGCCCCCGGGCUGAAGAUCCAGCGCCUGGGCCGGCCGGGCCCGCGGGCAGAGGAAGACGAGGCGGGGCUGAGGAAAUGCUUCUACUCCGGGACCGUCAACUCGCAGCCCGGCUCGCUGGCGGCCGUCAGCCUGUGCCGGGGCAUCCGCGGCUCCUUCCUGGUGGACGGGGCCGAGUACCUGGUCCAGCCCGCGGCCCCCGGGGGCGGCGAUCCGCUGCUGCAGCCGCACCGACUCCAGAGGCGGCGGGCGCCCGAGCCUCCCGAGCCCGGGAGCGAGCUGCCCGUGGGGAGCGAGCCGCCCGUGGGGACCAGCCACCGAGCCAGGCGCUUCGUGUCCGAGGCCCGCUUCGUGGAGACGCUGCUGGUGGCGGACGCGUCCAUGGUCCAGUUCUACGGGGAAGAGCUGAAGAACCACGUUCUGACCUUGAUGUCAGUGGCUGCUCGGAUCUACCAGCACCCUAGCCUAAAGAACUCCGUCAGCUUGGUGGUGGUGAAGGUGCUGGUUGUGGAGGAUGGGAAGGCCGGGCCGGAAGUGUCCGACAACGGAGGGCUCACACUGCGCAACUUUUGCAACUGGCAACAGAGCUUCAACCCCGCUAGUGACCGUCACCCAGAGCACUACGACACUGCUGUCCUGCUGACUAGACAGGACUUCUGUGGGCACCAGAGCUGCGACACCCUGGGAGUGGCUGACAUCGGCACCAUGUGCGACCCCAACAAAAGCUGUUCUGUGAUUGAAGAUGAGGGUCUCCAGGCUGCCUACACUCUGGCUCAUGAACUAGGCCACGUGCUCAGCAUGCCCCAUGAUGAUUCCAAGACCUGUGAGAGGCUCUUUGGGCCCCUGGGAAAACACCACAUGAUGGCUCCUUUCUUUGUCCACUUGAACAAGACCCUGCCCUGGUCCCCCUGCAGUGCCAUGUACCUCACAGAGUUUCUGGACGGGGGACAUGGUGACUGUCUGCUUGAUGCUCCAGCUGAACCCAUCGUCCUCCCCACAGACCUUCCAGGCCAACUCGCCAUGUACGACCUGGACCGCCAGUGCCAGCAGAUCUUCGGCAAGGAGUUCCGGCACUGCCCAAACACCACGGACGAGGACAUCUGUGCGCAGCUGUGGUGCAGAAUGGACACCAGGGAGCCCCUGUGUCACACCAAAAAUGGCAGCUUGCCGUGGGCAGAUGGUACGCCCUGUGGAGCGGGCAGGCUGUGCUGGGAUGGCAGCUGCGUGGCACAAGAUGCGAGGAAGCCCCAGCCUGUGGUGGAUGGGAGCUGGGGCCCCUGGAGCCCUUGGGGAGCCUGUUCCAGGACGUGCGGAGGAGGAGUGCACUUCUCGUACCGGGACUGCAACGACCCCGCGCCUCAGAACGGUGGAAAAUACUGCGAGGGUCAGAGAGCCAAAUAUCAGUCAUGCCGCACAGAGGAAUGCCUGCCAGAUGGAAAGAGCUUUAGAGAGCAGCAGUGCGCAAAGUACAACAGCUACAACUUCACAGAUCUGGACGGGAAUCUGCUGGAGUGGCUCCCCAAGUAUUCCGGGGUGUCCCCCCGGGACCGUUGCAAGCUCUUUUGCCGAGCCAGAGGGAGGAGCGAAUUCAAAGUAUUUGAGGCCAAAGUGAUCGAUGGGACAUUGUGUGGGCCAGAGACCCUCUCCAUCUGUGUCCACGGGCAGUGCAUCAAGGCUGGCUGUGACCACGUGGUUGGCUCCUCCAAGAAGCUGGACAAGUGUGGGGUGUGCGGUGGCAAUGGGUCAACAUGCAGGAAAAUAUCUGGCUCACUCAACAGAUCCAAGUAUGGAUAUAAUGACAUCGUCACGAUCCCAGCUGGAGCUACCAACAUUGACAUCAAACAACGCAGCCACCGAGGGGUCCGGCACGAUGGAAACUACCUGGCUUUGAGAACCCUGGAUGGCAAGUACCUCCUGAAUGGAGAUUUUGCCAUUUCAGCCAUGGAACAAGACCUCCUGGUGAAGGGGACAAUCCUGAAGUACAGUGGCUCUCUGACGACCCUGGAGCGCCUCCAGAGCUUCCGGCAGCUUCCGGAAUCUCUCACCGUCCAACUGCUGACCGUCUCCAGUGAGGUCUUCCCGCCCAAGGUGAAGUACACGUUCUUCCUCCCGAAGGACAUCCCCUUUAGCAAGCAGAAGGUCAAGGAAAAGAAAUCAGCCAACAUCAUCCAGCCCAUGCUGACCUCGCAGUGGGUUAUGGGAGACUGGUCCGAGUGCUCCAAAACCUGCGGCUCUGGCUGGCAGAGGCGAACGGUGGAAUGCCGGGAUGUGGAGGACCAGGCCUCCACCACCUGUGACAAGGCUCUGAAGCCUGAGGACAUCAAGCCUUGCAGCGACCUCCCGUGCCCCAUUUGGCGCCUCGGCCCCUGGUCGCCGUGCUCCCGAACUUGCGGCGAGGGAGUGCGGACGCAGAGCGCCGCCUGCAUUGACUAUGCAGGAAAGAUCAUAGCCCCUGAGAAAUGCAGCUUGCCCCUGCCCCAGGCAGCGACCACCACCUGUGUACUGCAAGAAUGCUGAGCCAGGACAGGCCUAGGGCAUCGGAGAUGCAUAACGUAGCCAACUACUAACCAGACCAGACCUGGCUUGGCAAGUCAAGCAGGGACGUAGGUUUAAAAGUGAAUGUGCACUAAUUGACCUGAGCAGGCCCCCGGGGGCAGACCUGCUUGGAAGACUCUUUUCUGGUUCCAUCCCCCGCCAAUAGACAUCUACCUCAGAAAUAGUCCGGGGAAAGGGAGGAGUCCAGUGAUUUAUUUUUACUGAUCAAUAGCAAAUGAAUUUUAAUUUAAGGAGCAAUUAAUCAUAUUCUAGGCUGUUUCCCAAAAGGAUGACCUGAGUUUCAGCCAUGCCCACCCACUCUCCAUUAUUUACCAUAUGUGGCCUGAGAGACUCAUCUGCAGGGAGGCUGAGGGGUAGGAUAGCUGCACCCCCUGGCUUGAAGGGGUUUCCAUUACAUUCAGGGUUUACAAUUUGGUUCAAUGGCUCUCAGCACCCCCACUAUACAAAUUGUUCUAGCACCCCGGAGUUUAGCACGGGUUUGUUUGUUUUUUAAACCGGUAUGGGACGAAGGGCCUGAUCCUGCCGCCAUUACUCAGGUAGAAUUCCCAUGCUCUUCAGUAAAGACUGUGGGAGCAGAAGCUUUAAACGUGACCUUAUACUAAUUUGGCAAAUUCCAUUAGGGUUUGUUACUACAGAGGGGCUUAAGCUGCACAAUUUGGCACCUCUGCCUUGAGUGGUGUUCGGAGCUGGGGCUUUGGUUGAGCCCAUUUGAAGCUGGGCCCCUUUGCAAAACUUCUGUGGAUCAUGGUUCCAAUUUCAGUCCCCUUUAUCCCAAAGUUUGGGGGUGUUUGGAUCCAGGGGGCUUGUUCAGGGCCAUCCCUAUUCCUAGAUGGUUAUAUACAGCCGUCCACCAUCUGAACAGAUGAAAGGAGAGCGGACAAAGUCGGUCCAUCAGAGGUGCACAAAUGCAGUGGAAGCCCCAUGAAAAGCCAGCCUGCAAAGUCAAAUCUAGCAUUGCAUGUGCCCAUCUGAACCUUUCCGACUUGUGUCUCUCAGUUAGCCUGCACAGACAACCAAUGAACUGUCACAGGAGGCAGAGUGUUGUGAGUAGGGGACCGAGCUCCAGCUACUCCUGAGUCUAAAGGACACUAAUUCCUUUAUGCAGCCUUAGAUGAGUCACUGUAAAAUGAGGUUAUUGGCACUACCCUGAUUCACAGGACGUCAUGAGGGUUAGCUGACGUUUGUACAGUGCUUUGAAGGUGAAGAGUGAAAUGUUUAUUGCAUGAUAUAUAGCUAGAUGCUGCAUCUAAACUAUGCCCUGUCUCCUGACCAGGAGGGUGCGAGCUAGUGUUUCCUUGUGCAUAGAAACCCUCCUUGGUUUUCAGUCAAUUCUCCCACCACUUUGCCCUAGUAUUGUCCUCCGUCUGACCAGUCCUGACUAGGACAUCUAAAACGGCUUCUCCCAAGGCUGGAGUCUUUUUUUUUCCCCCCUCAGCAGGAAUUGCUGCCAGAGCUAAGUAACACAGCCAGCUCUUCUCUCUCCGACCCAGAUGUUGUCUGUCCCCAGUGCAGACAUCUGGCCAGUCUCUGAACUUUCACCUUUUGAAGCAAGUUCCCUGUGCUACACAUCCGGUGAGACUGAUCAGACCUGGCAGCAGCCUCUGUCUUUAGGGAAAAUGUGCAAAUUUACUUUUCGUCAAAGUUUCUCAAUAGGGAAGCCUCAUAUUACCCAGAAGUACCCUGGGGACUCCUGAGCAUCUUUCUCCCUUUUGAUGCUCUCACUCUGUCUCUCUUGUGUGUACGGCUUCCAUUUAAUUGUUGGAAACAAACCCCAGAGAACUAAGAGAGUCUCCAUUUGUCUGCCUGUCUCUCUCUGCCUGUCUCAUGUGUGUCCUUUUCUAAUUAGGGCUGGGUGACCCUCCUGGAGGAUAAGAUUCUGUGAUCAUUGAAAACUAUUUGGGGGAGGGGAGGGGUUCUCAAACCUAUUGACCCUAUUUUCCCUGUAUUUUAAUUCUAGGUUUUUCUAGCUAAAGCAAAGCCCGUACUAUAGGAAGGGGCAUGCCAGCAUUUCCCUAUCAGAACAGUGGUGAGAGCAGGUUACUAGGACUAGGAGGCAGGAUUCCUUGGUUCUGUUGCUGGCUUUGCAGCUGCUUUCUGACCUUGGGGAAAUCACUUCUGUUCUCUGUACCUCUGAGCCUAGACUGAUUGACUCAGCCUCACAGGGAUUGGCUGUGGGGCUGCAAAUGGCAACAUAGAGGUUUGGGCUUGGGCUGGAGCCCAAGCUCUAAGAUCCACCCCCCCUUUAGGGUCCCUGAGCCUGAAUGUCUACGCUGCAAUUUUUAGCCCCGCAGACGGAGCCCUGCAAGCCCAAAUCAGCUGACGCAGGCCAGCUGCAGGCAUGCCGCAGGUCUUCCUGUGUAUAGGAGAGACCUGGCCGAGGUCAGCUCCUUAAAGGUCAGCAACAUAUUGUUACAGAAAGAGAGUACUUGAUGAGGCCGGGAGGAAGCUAUUUUAGCCACAGAUGUCAGCACUGAGUGGGUGGGCGGCUGCAGAGCCCUUGUAAGAGCCAUUCUUUUAUUUAUUUUUUCGUUGUUGUUGUUAUUAUUAUUAAUCUUCCAGAAAUUGACUCGUGCAGAAUGUGCUCUGGCAACCUCAUUAGGGGUGUGCCCCAAGACAACCUCCACAGUGGGGUCACCGUGUUUUCCUGCAGUCAGUGACCUUUCAAACUAAAGCUGCUACACGUGCUGCUGCUAUGGGGCUCCCCGGCCUUUACCCACUCUCUGCAUAGACUAGAGCUAACUUACUGCUCGUUUGGCCCACAUGAAAGGGAGACCCUUGCCUGAGGCCCCGUUAAACAGCCAUGCCAAGGAAAAGGGGAAGGAGAUUGACCCUUCCACCUUGGCAUGGAGUUGGGACAAUGAAAGAGAAGAUGGUUUUGUUCAUCUUGAAUAAAGAAGUCUGGCUGCCCCGUAUUUAAUGUAAGGGACAGCAGGAAUAGGAGAAGUGCUAAAACCACCAGUUUGGUUCUUCAGUUAAACUCUAGAACUUUCUUUUAGGAAAUCUAGCUAGCUCGCUCGACGGUGUGUGGUUAAAUCCCCGGGUUGCAUUUGAAUAUCUCAACCAGUAUCUCAAUACUGGGCUGAACCAAAAUACCAGAUCCGAAAGCUCCUGAUUUAAGGGUUCAAAAUCCAGAUCCAAAAGUAUGGCCUAUUCACCGUUGGGGUUUGGAUCUAGACCCUUAAAGAAAAGAGUUCAAAGCUCAAACCUCUAUCUGAAGUUAGAGUAAGGAGGGUUGGUUUCUACCCAUCUCUUAAUAAGAACUGACCCAAACCUGAGCCCCAAACCUGAGCUGAACCCAGAUAGAACCUUAGCGUUGCUGCCUCUUCGUUUCUAGAUUCUGGGUGCAGAUGCGCCAAAAUACCAUGAGAAAGGCUGUUUGUACCAGGAAUCUUUCCAGAAAGCCUGUCCUCACCAGACAUCUAGCUUAAUUUUGAAGACCUAGAACAUUCAGGCCCUGAUCUUCCUCCAGCAGGAUAUGGAUAACUCCCACUGAAGCCCAGUGAAGUUAUUCUUAUCCUGGGGGUGUAGCUGGAGAGAAGAGUAGACCCCUGCUGAUCUGGUUGUUUCCUUUAAUCAAACCACUAAAUCUCAAGUUUGCUCUCCUCCAGAUAUGUUGGGAAAUCUUUACAAAUCCUCAUUGGCUUCCCUUCGCUGAUCUGAGUGUGUGUCUGCAGAGCAGGUCAUGAACUCAAUAGCGCCUUCCUCCAAUAUCAUUUUACCAGCAUGUUACACAAUAUAUAAAAUGGUCAGACCCGAGCCAGAGGGUGCACGUCAGGAUUCAGACUUUGAAAAAGUUCACAGUGUGAGGGAUCCAGAAUUUCUAUUAGGCCCCUUUAUGGAGGUAAUAGACAGCUGCAAAGUUUGGAUCCAGCGCUGAAUUUCCCCAGAGUUUGAGGUUCAAUUCAGGCCUCUCUAAUGAAAUAUACACAGAACGCUGCUCUAUCUCCAGGAAUUUAAACCAUCUCACAUGCUCCAACAAAUAGUUGGAUGCUGAAGUCAUGCUUUCUUGCUUUGGUAUUUUUUUUUUCCUUCACGUGUGUAAGUGUUUAACUCAAAAGCAACUACGUGUCUUUUCUCCAAGGUUGUAGUGCCCAUUUGAGAGAGGUCAGAAAUUGCAGUCUGAGAUUUCCCUGAGAGUGUGCCAAGGAAAACAGAUGCACUAAUAAUGAAGCUCACACUGGUGUCAAACAAGCAGAGAGACCUCCUCUGUUUAUGCCCAUGGCGCAGUUCAUUAGCUAGAACUUCUUGCAUGUGCAAGUUCCCGGUUACAGACAAAUCCCAAUCAGCAUGAUCAUUUACCAAUUGCUUUCUAGCUCUGCUUGUGUUCCCCUUAGUCCUAGUAGUGUGUAAGAGGAUUCUUCAUCCUCAGUUCAGUAAGGUACUGAAGAGCACAUCUGGCAUUAAGCCUGUGAGUAGUCCCAGGGACUUCAAAUGAGUUUAAAGUUAAGCAUGGGUUUCAGCGAUUCGCUGGAUCACGAGGGAGAGAAUGCAUCUGUGGUAUAUAAAGCUCUGUUUGAAAAAAUACCGUGGUGUUUUGCUGUAUUGGUCCCUGAUAUGGAAGUAACAUUAUAGCAAGCAUUUGCACUGGUACUGUUUUAUAUUCAGCACAGGCCUGUGUCUCUAAGCUUGAAGUGGGAAUUCUUUACAGCAGCUGCAUUCCUGCAUUAACUGAGGGUUAAUAGUUUAACGCCAGCAUGUGAGGUCCAGCCCUGACCACUGAAAAGUAAAGCUAACCUCGAGGUGACAAGGGCAGGAAACCUGCCAGUUCCUCAUUCACGCCCAUGUCAAUCCCGUCUAUUUUAAGCAGACCUUUUUGGUCUCUUGUUCUCACUCUUCUAGUUACCAUAGAUUGAGAUUCACUCUCAGCACAAAAUUUGGAUCAAGAUCAGAACUUCUUCAUGGGGUGUUUUGAUCCUGGGCAUUGGGCCCCAGGUCUGAUGCAUACAUUUCACUGGGUGAUGAUUGUUUUGGAAUUCCUGACCUAUCCUUCUCUUAGAAACAUGUAGCAUUUAUGGUGAUGUAAGUCAAAUAAGUUAUAUAUAGGAGAUAUACAUAUAGAGAGAGAGAUGUAUAUAUGUUUCCCUUCAGUGAAGGAUUGUAGCAGUGUACUGAUCCUCUUCUGUAAGAUAUUUAUUAUGAAUUUUUGUUUUGUACAGUAACUGUCUGAAAAGAAGGUGUGACCAUUUGUGUUUUAAGAUGCUGCUGCUGUCCUCCCCCAUCCCACACCCGCAGUGGAGUUUUGGGAGAGGAAAUCUCGCUAAUCUUUCUAACUGCUUAGUUACACAACUGGUAUCUCACUACUGUUUGGUGUGCAAAUCAGGACGCGAUUUCCAAUCAAGCUUUGUAAUCAUAACAAGCCAAUAGAAAUAAACGUUCUAAUUUUAUUUUAACAAAGAAACAUUUUCUUGUUUUAUCCUGGGUUUUGUUCUGUUUUGUUAAUCUUUGAAAAUGGAUAGUCCAAUUGU